AUGCUUGUUUGCAAUGAAGAAGCAGAAAAUUGUAUGUUUAGCCGUUGUGUAUCUUGUGAAAAUAAUUUUAAUAAUAAAAUCUUAAAUAUUGUUAAUGAUCCAAAACAACAAAUUCAAUGGUUUCAAUGGAUAUAUCAGGAUGGAAAAACCAAAAAAGUUGAAUUUAAUGAUACUAUUGAACAAUGUUUAGCAGUUUUGAAAGAAAAACUUGGACCAUUCUGGGUUCAUGUUUUCACUAAACGGAAGCAAGCUGCUUUUUUUUCAAAAAAAUGA